AUGGCGAGACUGGACAGAGAACAGAAGAACGGCAACAAGUCGAUUUACAUCACACAGAAACGAUUAUCGUAUAACCUCGACCAAGAGAUUGAAGGACCAUCCUCCACCGAAUCAAACAACUACAACGUCCUGGUGAGAGUCACGGACGGAAACAAAGAUAAAAGCAAGAAAAUCAAGCUGAGCACGGUGGUGGAGCCAGAAAAGUUGGACGCGUUCUGGAACGAGUACACCAACGUUCUGAAAGCCGGGCUCAAGGGACUAAAGAAGAAGGACAAGAAGAAGACAAAGAAACGGAGCAAGAAAUCAUGA